AAUAUUUAUAUCACCAUUCAUACUUCCUUCCAAACCACCAAAUUUUCCUAAAUGGCCAUUUCAUCCAUUGCCGUAAUUCCCUUCAAAUGGUUUACCAAAACCAAUUUCAAGCUCAACUUCCCUCUCCUUCACUCCAAACACAAACCAACUUCCUCUAAACCUUCUACGUCGGGGCCAGGGCCGCGGCCACUUGCCGAGGUCGCUUUUCGCCAUCUCGACGUUGAUGGAGAUGGAAAAAUCUCUUGCAACGAGCUACAAUCCUACUUCGCAUCGAUAGGGGAGUACAUGACAUGGAAUGAUGCUCGGAGUGUGAUUGGAGAUUUUGAUAGAGACGGUGACGAGUUACUAGAGCUUGGAGAUUUUGAGCGAAUGGUAAAGGGAGAGGAGGAGGAAGAGGAGGAUUUGAAAAGGGCUUUUGAGAUGUUUGAAGGUGAGAAGGGAUGUGGAUUCAUUGAGGCAACAGGAUUGCAAAAGAUGUUUGGGAGGCUUGGAUACGUUAAAUCAAAAGAAGAGUGCAUGGCUAUGAUCAAAGUGUUUGAUGUUGAUGGCGAUGGUGUAAUUGAUUAUCAUGAAUUUCUGAGAAUGAUGACUUGACUAUCUAAUUUAACCUUCCAAUAAGUUGUCCUUUCA